UCGAUGAUUUAGUCCAGGUACCAAAAGCUGGAAUGGAGGACUACCAAACCAUCAAAGAGCCGACAAACUCUUCUGUCACAACAGACAUGGUGAUAGAAGACCAAGACACCCAGCCGUCCGCAGCAAAUCAUGAGAGUGCCUUCCUCCUGCACACCACAAUAGAUGUACCAUCCCAGGCUGCGCAUCCACCGUCAAGUCCAAUAUAUCACUGUCCACCACAAUCAUCUUUAGGCGUUGCUGGUGUACCCGACAUUGUCCCCGUCCAAUCAUACGAAAGUGAUCACGAAGCCGAUGAUUCGCAAGGCGAUCGAGUCUCGAUCAUCAUUGAUGCAGCACCAGCAUUCGCAAAAGGUCACACUGAAACUCAUGAUUCGAAAGAACUCCCACCAUCCUAUGGCGACAGCAUCGGACGAACCGAACCCUCCGUCGAAGCACACCCACCAUCAUAUUACCCUCCCGCGCCGCGCUCCCCAGUUAUCAAAUUCCUCAGUUUCAUGUUCUUCCCAUUGUACUUUAUCCUAUAUCUCCUUCCCAAAUUCACUUGGAAGUACGUGAUUGUACCAGUUGCCAAAGGCCUGAUAUGGGGCGUUGAAUGGAUCUUCAAGUUAUUGGGGACAUGCAUAGAGUUCGUGUGGACCUGGACAGUGGUACCUUUCUGGAACUAUAUCGUCGUACCGAUUGGAAAUGGGAUAGGAUGGGUUCUUUCAAUGGGUGUUAAAGGAGCCGAGAUCGGAUGUAAUGCUAUUUGGACCUACGUCCUUCACCCCAUUGGUCGAGGUAUGGCAUGGAUAUGCAGGGGAAUCUGGUUCAUCGUAUCUACGAUUCUGGAUUUCAUCUACACAUGGAUUAUUCAUCCCAUAUACGCCUUCAUCGUUCUCCUCCUCAAAGGAUUGUACAACUACAUCCUCGCACCAGCGGGCAAUUUCAUAGUUGCGAUAGUAAAGGCGCUCUACAACUACAUCCUUCUCCCCAUAUUCCGUGGCAUAGGGGUCAUUCUGGGAUGGAUCUGGAAAGGCAUUGUUGCAGUGUGGGACGGGUGCUGGUAUAUCUCCCGAGUCAUUGGUGAAGCAAUCGUCAAGUUUGUCUCAUGGGUUUGGAGAGGAUUGGUUGGAUGGAUUUUCUCACCGUUAUGGCGCUUGCUGUGUUUUCUGGGACGAGGGAUCCGGGAUUUCAUUCUUAGCCCCAUCUGGUGGUGUAUCACCCAAAUCGGAAGCGGUAUCGCUUUUGUAGCGGGUAUACUGAGCGAGUACGUCAUUGUUCCUAUUUGGAGGGGGAUUAUGGCUGUCGGGUCGGCUAUCAAUGCGUAUAUUAUUCAACCAAUUGGAUGGGCCAUGGGACAGUUGGCAAGAGAAAUUAGUGAGAUUGUUGUAGGAAUGGGGAAGAUGUUUUCAAGUCUUUGGUAAUUGCAUUGACUUGGAGGCUAGACCUGCAUCUUGUACCAAGAAUAAUGUUUCUAAUGUGUCAUUAUUCGCUUUACUACUUCCAUCUGAUGUAAACUAGUCUCAGUAAGAAAAGGACCGCGUUGAAGGAAUAGAAAAAAAAAAAUAAAACGUU